AUGGACUCUGUGAUGUCAUCAUACUCUGACAGUGAAGACUACGUCCGAUUUGAGUCUGUGGAGCAUGGGAAGUCUGUGCUUGCGGGGAUACAAAACUUACGGGAGAUGCAGCAGUUGUUUGAUGUGACACUAGUGGCUGGUGGCCGAGAGUUUCCGGCUCACAGAGUUGUACUUGCUUCCUGCAGUGAUUAUUUCAGAGCUAUGUUUACCGAUGGGCUGAGGGAGUGUUCUGAAUCUCGAAUUAGUCUGAUUGGGCUAACAGCAUCCGGUAUGGAACAUCUGAUUAAUUUUGCCUACAAUUCCACAAUUAAUAUCGAUGGGGAUAAUGUUUUUGAUGUUCUUUCUGGGGCCACACAUGUGCAGAUUCUUCCAGUAAUCAAAGCCUGCGAAAACUAUCUGAUACGCCAUUUGGCACUUGACAACUCUAUCAGUGCAGCCAAUGUGGCAGAGCUCUACUCGCUCAAAAAUCUUCAGCAUCAUGUCCUCAACUUUAUGUGUCGCAACUGGGCAGCUUUCUCUGUGGACGGGGAUUUUUACGAGCUCACACCGCAGUUUCUGAUCAUGCUCCUGUCGUGUGGCUACCCCGUCAAUUGUAAAGAAAUAGACAUCUUCGUGUCAGUAUUGAAGUGGUUUUCUUACUCACCAUCAGGAAGAGUCAGUCACAUGACCAGCAUUCUGCGAUGUAUAAUAUUUGACAAUAUUUCGUGGGGAGAGUUUUCCAGUGUGGCUAAUUCAAAAGAGUGGGUGGAGUUAUUGAACACUUGCCCAGUGUUGUUUGAUAGUGUACCUACACUUAGUAAACUAUCCCGAUACAAGCAGUUGGAAGAGGACACGAUUAUAAAUGUGACGAAUUACAGUCCAGCCAUAAAGAGUUCAGUGUCUGUCACUCGAAUAGAAGUAAGACAGUCCUUUAUACCAACCAUUGUAUGCAAGGUUCCUGGUCUAAUCAACAGCCGAGGGUUUCAUUCAGCGAUAAUUGUGGCUGGCGGCUUCAGUAAAGAAUCAGGAAUGACCAACAAUGUGCUAUUUUUGGAUAGUUGUACAGGAUCACUGAAACAUUUAACAAAAAUUCCACACAUAGAUCAAAUUAACUUUGGCGUGGCUGUUUACCAGAACCAGUUAUUUGUUGUCGGCGGCUGUUUCAAUGAUCACAUGCAAGAAAUUGCGCAUCCUUUUGGUUUCUGCUACUCACCUGUGUCAGAUAAGUGGAUAAGCAUUGCGCCGAUGUUACAAGAACGUUGCCGGUUCUUGCUGUGUGCAUCUGAUGACCGGAUUUACGCCAUUGGGGGUGAUCCCUGUGCCUCUGAUAUGAACGCAGAGGAUGUGGCUCCCUGUGAAGUCUACAGCCCGAAGGUAAAUAAGUGGAAGUCAGUUUCCCCUCUUCCAGGUAACAGGUCUCAGCUGGCAGGCACCAGUUUAGGCCGGUGUGUGCUAGUUUCUGGGGGUAUUCUGGAGUGCGAGGAGAAGGUUUUUCAUGAUUUCUAUCAGUACGACCCUCGCACAGAUGUUUGGGAGAAGCGAGCCAAUAUGUUGACUCCAAGAACAGAUCAUUCUAUGUUUGUUUGGGAAGAACAAGUUUAUGUCAUUGGUGGUUGGCAUCUUGAUCCAGUCACCAAGCGCCGGAUAAUGGCUACAACCAUCGACUGUUACAGCUUUGCUACUGACUCAUGGGAAGAGGUCGCUUCGCUAAAUACUGUACGCACAUACGGAACAUACACACUCAACAGAGACUCUAUCUACGCCAUCGGUGGCUGGUCAGAUGGUGACCUUGCCCAGAAAUGUUACACAAUAGAUACAUUUAACCUUCGUUUCCGGACAUGGGUUCAAGGCCAUGAGCAGAAAACAGCAUUAUGGGAACAUAGUUCCUGUUCAUUAUAUUUACCAAAAAUUGUGUCGUCAUAUAAAUAA